UACACCGCGCACUCCUCGCAGCGGGCGCCCCUUCUAGCUGCCUUUGGUGCUUUACCUGCUUGUUUCGACGCUUUGUGGUCAACAACCACUCCAAAAAAUACAACAUCCCCUUCUCAGCACAACUUCAUUUCCACUCUAAUGACUUACGCUGCUUUCUUCUUUUCUUACAUCUCACUAAUAGUAUGGUUCUGGUGGGUCAUAGACAUUUGUUAUUUUUAUCAAGGACUUGGCGUAUCGAUGAGGAAUUCCCCGGGUCUCUGAACUCCCACACGGAGUUGAUGUCAUUUGCUUCUCUUGUUCGUCCUUUCUUUUUUCUUUACCAAAGAAAACACCAAAACUUGUAUAACAUUUUCCAUGUCAUUACUACGACCGGGUUCUUUUUGAGGAAUGUUAUCUGGGUUUAUUUUAUGUUCAUUUCCUCGAAUUUUUAUCUUCGAGACUGGUUCUAUCUGGUUCUAUUUUCAUGGCGGGAUGUCCGACUUUUCUGUCUCGCGACAGAGGCACACCGCCGUAUUUUGCCCACCAUGGCAGCUUUACACGGCCUGGUUUGUUGUGUUUUUUUUCGAUCGCUGCUUUGGUAUCAGCCUGCCUCCGAAAGAUUGGUAUUAUUUACCCCUUUCAAGGGAUGAGUGGGUGGAGAGUGCGGAUGUCUGGUACAGAGAUGCUUUGACGAGAAAAGAGGGGGAGAGCAAACGGAGUGUAUCAUUAUAUUUCUUGACUCUCGUUCAAAAACCAUCAUUGGAGGCUCAAGAGAGAGCAGAACUCCUGUCGGCCUCCUAGUAGGUUCAGAGCAGGAGGGGAGAUGGUUUGCCGAAGCAGCGACUAGAGAGAUCUAUGGCCUUCCUCUACGGUGAUCAAUACAGAAUCUC